AUGUCCCUGGAUCCAGUAUUCACAGUGUCACAGGAGUUCAAGCUGGUGGACUGCAACGAGGCGGCAGUGCGCUACAUGAAGUACCGCGACCGCGAGGAGAUGCUGCAGCGCUUCGACCUCAUGAAGCUCUCCCCCGAGUUCCAGCCCGACGGCCGGCGCUCCGUGGACGUGCAGAUGGAGAACCAUGCGCGCAUGCUGCGCGGCGAGGUGGUCAUCUUUGAGUGGCAGACGCUGGCGUCCGAUGGCGAGCCCUUCAUGGUGCUCGUUACUGUCAGGGAGAUAGUGAUCGACGGGGAGAAGCACCUGUUGUCCAUCUGGCACGACCUGUCGGAGAUGAAGCGCAAGGAGGAGGAGCUGAAGGCGGCCAAGGAGGCGGCAGAAGCGGCAAACGAGGCGAAGAACCGGUUCCUGGCGAACAUGAGCCAUGAGCUGCGCACCCCCAUGAAUGGCGUCAUCGGUGUCGCCGAGCUGCUCCUCCGCACGCCCCUUACGGACGAGCAGCGCAUGUACCUGGACGUCAUCUGCUCCUCCGGCAACGCCCUCAUGCAUAUCAUAUCCGACGUGCUCGAUAUCACUAAAAUCGAGACGCACUCGCUCGUGGUUGACGCGUACCCGUUUGAUCUGCAUGUGACGAUCGAGCAGGCACUGAGUGCGAUCCGCGUGGCGGCGAAUAGCAAGGGGCUCGGGCUGCAUGUGAGCGUGUGUGAGCAGCUGCCUGUGAUGGUGAUAGGAGACCAGUUCCGUGUGAGGCAGAUUCUCCUCAACCUGCUCUCCAACGCCAUCAAGUUUACCGACAGACUGUCCAACACCAUCAAGUUUCACCAACAGGUGUGCAGCAAGCAGUUAACUGCUGGGCUGUGGCAAGAGGGUCACUGCGAGGGGCUGCGCUGCGGGGCUGCUGUGCUUGUGCAAGUGCAGCAGUGGGUCUCUGCGACGCAACAGCACCGCAACAGCUUCCUACCCCAAACUCCGCUUUACGCACCUGUAUACCUUGCUCUCUUGUUCAAUCUUUCUCUUCCGUCUCUCAUCUCUUCCCUCCCUCCCUCCCUCUCUCCUUUCCUUGCCCCCUCCUUCCCGUCCCCACUCUUUGCCGUCCCCACUCUUUCCCUUCCCCCUUCUUCCCCUGCCCGCCUCUUUCCCUGCCCGCCUCUUUCCCUGCCCGCCUCUUCCCCUGCCCGCCUCUUCCCUGCCCGCCUCUUUCCCUGCCCGCCUCUUUCCCUGCCCGCCUCUUUACCUGCCCGCCUCUUUCCCUGCCCGCCUCUUUCCCUUCCCCCAUCUUUCUCUUUCCCCCGGUUUCCCUUUUCCCCUCUUUCCCUUGCCCCCUAUUCCCCCCCAACUUUGUUUCCCUUCCCCACUCUUCCUCUUCCCUUUUCUUCCCCUUCCCCCCUCCCUGCCGCUGUAAUGCCAUCAGACGAGGGCACAAGGCAAGGGGUGCGUGGGGAGGGACAGCUGGGCAAGCGGAUACUGGACGACGCGCAUGGCCAUGGGAGCUUCACAGAGAAAGAAACGGUUGGGCUUGAAAAAGGGGAGCGCGAAGGGGAGGGCCAUGAACGGGGGGAGCAGGCGUGGAAGGAGCAGGCAACCUCAGACCAAACUGUGUAUGGCCGCAUUGCCACCCUCGCUACCACGGCUGAUGCGCCUACGGCUGUUGCUGCUACUGCUGCUGCUCCUCCUCCUGGGAGUACUUCUGCCAGCGCAGCAGCAGCUACCACUGCCAGCGAUGCUGCUGCGGCAGUGGAGUUGACUGCUGGCAGUGAAGCUGCUGGGAAUGGUGAAGAGAUGGCGGUCCGUGUGGUUAGAGCAGGUAGCAUCACUCCGUGUGCGGCAGAAGCAGAUACGGCGGAAGCAGGUGCAAUAGAAGCAGAUGCAAUAGAAGCAGCUGCAGUAGAAACAGACACAAUAGGAUCAGACCUGAUAGAAGCAGGUGCGCUAGAAACAGCAGCAGAGGAGAAGGUGUGGGUGCGGAUAGACGUGUCGGACACGGGCGUGGGCAUCUCCUCCGAGGCGAUGGCGAGGCUGUUCACGCCGUUCCGGCAGGUGGACGACUCGUCGUGCCGCAAGCACGGCGGCACGGGCCUGGGUCUCUCCAUCUGUCGCUCGCUCGCCGCGCUCAUGGGGGGCUGCAUCUCCGUCGCCUCCUCCCCCCGCCACGGCUCCACCUUCUCCCUCCACCUCCCCUUCAUCCGCUCCCGCACGUGGGACGUGCAUGUGAGGAGGGAGGAGAGGGGGGGUGCGACGCUGUGUGGGGCGUGGGAGGAGGGGCUGGGGGAGGAGAUGCAGGGGAACAGGAAUGUUGAGCGAGGGGGUGGGGAAGGGCAGAAGACGGGUGGAAGGAACGGGGUUUCUGCAGCGUCUGUUGCAGCCGCAGAGGCAGCAGCAGCUGCUGCUGCAGCUGUAGCAGGAAUCAGUGAAACGGAAGGAGGAGAAGCAGAACUGUGGUCACAACCGAGUGAGGUUGCAGGAGGGGUGGUGGGGGAGGGGAGAAGGAGCGGGGUGAGGGAGGAGGGGGAAGGAAGGGAGCGAGAGGAAGGAGAUGAAUUGGAUGAGGCCUUGAGACAUUUUCGAACCACUCCCUCACCACUACACCAAGCCUCUGCCGUACCUCAUCACCGAGCCUCUCGUUCGCCUCGUCGCCAAACCUCCCCCUCACCUCCGCCUGUGGUUCGGUACCCAAGCCCUCUAUCCUGCCUGCCUCCCUUCUGGCACGUGCAACAGCAGCAGCAGGUGGAGGAUGAGAAUGAGCAGCAGCAGCAGCAGCAGCAGUGGCCACAGGGGGACAUGUGCGGAGAGGGGGAGCAGAUGGGUGGCGGGGAAGGGAUGGAAGAGGGGCGGGAAGGUGGGGAAGCAGGCAAUACGUGUCGACUGGAUGCAAAUGGAGGGGCGGGGUUAUGGAUCCCGGACAUCAGGGGGGGAAAUCUGGAAAGUGCAGAGGGAGAGGUUGCUGCAAGGAGGACCGAGAGAAUGUGCGAAGGGCGUGGACCUGAAGCUGAGGAGGAUGGGAAGGGGGUUGAAGGAGCUUCAGAGAGACCAAGGGAGGGUGGGAUGUCCGAGAAGGAGCAGGUGGAUGGGGAGGAGAGCGAGGAGGCUGGGGAGGAUGAGAGCAGCAGCAGUGACGAGGAGAGCGAGGGUCGGGGAAAAGCGGGGAUGAGCGGAGCGGCAGUGAAGGGCGGCAGGAAGUCAGGGGAGGCAGGGGCAGGCAGAGGAGAGCAGGAGGGGGGGUUUGCGGGGCUGCGGUGCCUGGUGGUGGAGGACAACGCGGUGAACCGCAUGGUGGUGGUGCGGCUGCUGAGGAGCCUCAAGGUGGCGUGCGAUGUGGCUGAGGACGGUAGCAAGGCUGUGCAGGCGUGUGCGCGGUGCUGCUACGACAUCAUAUUCAUGGACUGCCACAUGCCAGUCAUGGACGGGUUUGAGGCCACGGAAAGAAUACGUCAGCUGCAAACAGAAGACAGCGAUGCUAGUGAUGGUGGUGACGGGGAGAGAGCAAUGUCUGAUGCUGUUGAAGUGAAGCAGCAGGAACAGCAGCACCAGGAACAGCAGGAGCAGCAGCAGGAGGAGGAGCAGAAAGCAAUCAAAGGGCCAAAAGUGCAAUCAGGCAUGUGUUUAGAAGGAGACCAGGGAUCGAAGCAGGAGAAGCCGCACCAUCGGAGAAAGCGGUCGGUCAUAUAUGCGUUGACAGCGAGCGUGUUGAAGCAUGAGAGGGACAAGUGUGUGAGUGUAGGGAUGGAUGGCUUCCUUGCCAAGCCAAUAAGGCUCAAGGACCUCCAGCAGGUGCUCGGUCAGUUGAUGCUUGAAAUCAAAGAGAAGAAAGCUGAAGGAAGUGGCUCGCUGCGUGUGAAUACGGGCCCUCAAUUGAAUGAAUGA